AUGUUGGAGAAGUUUGAGUGUGGUGACGUCGGACAUGGGUUGCCUCGAGCGCUGGAUGGUACAAGUGACACGGAGGUGGCCAGUGCUCUAGACAUAGCUAGACAGCUAACACGACGGGACUUGCAGCAAACACUAUUGACUUUGGCGGUGGAGAAAGCCGUGAAGCUUGAUGACGAAACGCUGAGUUCGUUGAGAUCGCUGGAGUCGUUGUGGGCUGUGGUUUUCAGCCGUAGUAACGAGAUGACGUUCCAGACCCUACCCAAUAAAUUCCAGCAAAUGAGCCCGAGGUUUCUGGCCCGUGCAAUCAAGACUUUUUCAAACUUUCCUGGCGAUGGUCGCUUCCCGGAUGACAAGAAAGCGGUGCUGGUGGCGAUUCUAGCGUGCCGGAGCGAAUGGUUGGCCAGCCAGAUCCGCGUGCUAGAGAGGCCGUUCUCGUGGAAAAUGCCCGCUGCAGAGUUCCCUGACUUCCCCCAAGUGGAGACGUUCCUACGCAGCUCCGAAGCGACGAUAAUUACGGAGGGAAUGUUUUCUUCUGAGGAUGAACCAAGAGUUACCAAGAAGCUCUGCUCAAUGUGGGGUCCUAUCUACCAAAUGAACGCUUCCUUCAAAUUGGAGGACAUGGGGAGGGGAUGGUCCGGAGCGGUGACAAUAAUUAAGACGCGGGAAUGGUACGACCAGAGGCAAACGGAACUGCGUUACAUGCAAAAGGAACUGAAGGACCUCAGGGCUGCUAUCGCAGAGACACUGGUGAGCAUACUGCAUCGAAGGAGAUUGGCUUCGUGA